AUGACGAACUCGAACAAUCUGCCCGAUUACGGAUCGCUUAACUACAGAAAUGUUGAAAGAAUCACACUAGGAAGCUUUGAAUUUGAUACUUGGUUUGGGAAUUCCGUAAUUUUCUUUCAAUCCGAGCCACAAGUUCUGGGCUAUGAAGUUCUCAAAAAGAAGAUCAAGCUCACAUCCUCUAUCAAAAAGGUCAAUCAGCUCACUAAGGAUUGCAUACCUUGGAUUGAGAAACUCUUUUUUUGCCCCUAUUGCUUUAAGUACACAACUAAUCCAGACGAUUCGUCACGGCAUUUGUCUUAUUGUUCGUAUAGGAGAAACUUACCUGGUCAAUUGAUGUAUCUUGACGACGUUUGUUCGAUAAGAAGAGUGAAUGGCAAACAACAUAAGCUUUUUUGUCAAUGCAUGGCCAUUUUGUCAAAGUUCUUUCUCGACAACAAAUCUAUCUUUUUUAACGUCGACCUUUUUGAUUUCUACGUGAUCUAUCAAACGCUGAAUGGGGUAUCCACUCCUAUGGGUUUUUAUUCCCGGGAGCUAGUAUCCUGGGAACAGAACAACCUAUCGUGCAUUUUUGUAAUUCCUUGCUAUCAAAAACAAAGGUUGGGCUCCAAAUUGAUUGAAUUUUCCUAUCAUCUUUCGAACCAUGAGCAAAUCAUUAGCGGGCCUGAGAGGCCAUUAUCACCUUUUGGAAAGCUAACAUACCUCAGCUACUGGUGUCGGUCACUCUCAAGAGAACUGUUGUACGGCAAGUUGUCUACAUUUGAUCAUGUGACCUUGGAGUUGAUGAGUUUUAAAACGGGCUUCAGAUCUGAAGAUAUCCUUCUCACUCUGGAUUAUAUGCAAGCAUUGUACGAAAUCGGGGAGAAAUUCAUCUACACAGACUACUACAGCAACCCUUGUCGUAAGAGCCAAAACUUUGUUUAUUUGGAAGACGACGGCUACAAACUGUUUAUCGAUAAGGCAAAAAUAAGGAACUGGGUAGUAAAUCACAAUAUCUCGGCAGAGCCAAACCUCGAUCCACACUACUUACUGUUGGACUAA